CCACCACACCCGCGCCCUCCGCUCGUUCUCGCGCGCACGCAAUCGAUAUCCUUAUUCCUGUCAAAUGGAUAAUCAUGGCAGCGACGGCGAUUGAUACGAUGUUGCAGAGCAAUGGCUUUCAGGCGAAAAAGAAAGAGGACGUCGACAAUAAGGACAAUUUGUGGUCGUCUAUUCUGGCGGAAGUGCAGAACAGCGGCAACAACAAGCUACCGUCGAACAAAAAUGUCCUCGUACUAGGUGACAAUGAGAGUGGAAAGACUACACUUAUAGCUAAACUACAAGGCGUGGAGGACCCAAAGAAAGGAUCCGGAUUAGAAUUCGCUUAUAUCGAUGUCAGAGAUGAUUAUAGAGAUGAUCACACGAGACUUUCGGUAUGGGUUCUGGAUGGGGACCCGGGUCACGCAAAUCUUUUGCGAUUUGCUUUGAACAAAGAGAGGUUUCCACACACGCUUGUCAUGUUAGUCGCUGCCAUGACUACACCUUGGGCAAUUCUCGAUCAGCUUCAAUCGUGGGCGGCACUAUUAGGCGAUCAUAUUGACAAAUUACCUUUAGAUAAUGACACUAGGCAACGGUGCAGGCAACUUAAUAUUAAAAAGUGGCAAGACUACACAGAGCCUGGAGACGAACUUGAUCCUGGAAGUCCUCUACGACGCACUAGUCGUAAUCUGGACGACGACACCGCCGAGGGCUUACCUCUGCCGGAGGGAGUACUUAUAACCAAUCUGGGUUUAGACAUUGUCGUGGUUAUAACGAAAACCGAUUACAUGUCUACUCUCGAGAAGGAGCAGGAUUACAAAGACGAACAUUUCGACUUUAUGCAACAAUGGAUCAGGCGGUUUUGCUUGCAAUAUGGCGCCGGUCUCUUCUACACAUCGGCGAAGGAGGAUAAGAACUGUGAUUUGCUUUAUAAGUAUCUUACGCAUAGGAUUUAUUCUUUACCGUUCAGAACACCAGCUCUGGUCGUUGAGAAAGAUGCAGUACUUAUACCCGCUGGUUGGGACAACAUGAAGAAAAUCAGCAUUCUGCACGAGAACUUGCAGUCCAUGAAGGCGAGCGAUUACUAUCGCGACGUUAUCGCGCAACCAGCGACAAAUCGAAAAUGCGUUGCAAGGGAAAUGGAGAUUCAGGCGGAGGAGGAGCAAGCUUUCCUCGCGAGGCAGCAGGCCGCUCUGUCGGGCCUGAAGGAUCCCACCCGGUCUCCGACCACUCGGAACCAGGCAAGCACCGGGCCGGUGAUACAGGUGGCGUCGCCGAACAAGAAGUUGGAUCCCAAGGGCACCGGUGCGACGCCGUCCGGGGAGGGUGUCUUAGCUAAUUUCUUCAAUUCUCUCCUCUACAAGAAGAGCGGAGUCCCGCCCGGCUCACCCAGCACGCCCGGCAGCGUAGGAGCGAGCCCGAUAAAAAUCGACAGUGCGCCGGUGGACAAGGCCACGAUGUGCAACGACGCGGUAGCGGAGUUGGAUCGUCUCACGCGGACCAAGAAGCUGUCUCCCCCCAAUCUGAACUCGUCGUCUGAAUGUUAAGAGGUAGAUCGCGCUUUUUCUCUUCGCGACCCGUUGCUAUGAUGAAGAAGACGACGAGGCGGAGGAAGCCUCGUCGCCAUCGGACCAGAAUUUUCAGAUUCACGCGAACGUGGAGCAUGCUGUGAAACGGUAAGGUCGCGGAGGACUAAACAAUCUAGCCCUAAUCAACGAUAGUUAACCCGAUCAAACCGAGGAAGAUCCAAAAUGAAGAAAAAAGGAAAAAAGAAUAAAAAUAUAAAAAAGUAUAUAUAUACAUAUAUACAUAUAUAUAUACAUAUAUAUAUACAUAUAUAUAUGUGUGUGUGUAUGUGUGUGUGUGUGUAUAUAUAUAUAUAGUCUGUCACCGUGCAACACACACUCUGCAACAGCCUCGAUUGUUGUGUUUGACUAAAUAUCAUUAACGAUGCAGAGAACAACUAGAAAGCUAUUAAAUUAAUGUAAUUAAAUAUUUAAUAUAAUAAUAAUAAAUCGAAAGAUGCUUACGCACACAUGCCCCAGCGCCUGGUCAUAGUAAAUUAUUUAGCAAUCGCCCGUGCGCGUCACGGAACGAGUUUUUCUACUGCUAUACCCAUACACACACACAUACACGCGUAUAUAUAUAUACGCACACACAACAUAGACACGAAUGCACGAAUCUUUGUCUUCUUUGUUUUCUUCUUUGUAAGAACUUCAUUUUUCCUCUCGCGAGGUAAACUCCACGGCGGAUCGCUACCGAUAUUCCGAUCUAAUCUUUUUACGAAGUGCCGUUAGCGUUGCGAACACGUGUCGUGCGAGCGCAUGAGAAUAGCCUUUUAUACGAGAAUUGCGCAUGAAAUAUUACGCGAGAGUCCUACACGGAAGACGGCGGCGCGGUCUUCGGAUUUAGGGAUAGCUACGAGAGAGACUGCAACGAGUGGAUGUUCAUAUCGCGCGUGUAAAUUCGAUACUUUCCUCGUAGAUUUCUAGCCGAGUACGUUACCUGAGAAGGCAUAUGAACAUAUAGAAAUCUGUAAAUUCAGUUAUCAUAUAAAUGUGGCUUUAUGUAUAUGAGAUUCGAAUUCUCGAGGAAAAUAAAUAAUUUUUCGUAUAA